CAAACUGCAGUAAAAGCCUCCGUAGAAGAAGAAGAAGAGCGGAAACACUUCUGGCUUCUGGAAAGGCGGAUCCCUCUCGGCUACUUUGGCUCUCUGAACUUCUUCUGGGGCUGUUUCUGCCUCCUAGUCUUAGUCCAAAUCCAACGAAAACAUCUUUAAAACAGCAACGUAUCCAGUGGAGACCCGGGAGCGUACUUACUGCCACGACAGGGAGGAUUUUCCGGCUCUGCGGUUAGCUCGCUAACUUUUAACGCACUAGCAUCUAACUUCAAACCCGCCCUGCAGUAACAGGGAAGCAGCAGCUGCAGCACCUGAGCUAACACAGGAAGAUGGCCGAUACUGACUUGAUAUGGGCAUUGAAGACUGGGGACCUGGAGGAGGUCAAAGCCAAGAUGGUGACGGCUGAAGAUGUGAACCGGACCCUGGACGGAGGGAGGAAGCCCCUGCACUACGCCGCAGACUACAACCAGUCGGACGUGGCGUUGUACCUCCUCUCUAAGGGAGCAGAUAUCAACGCCACAGACAAGCACGGGUUCACUCCGCUGAUCUGCGCCUGUUACGAGAGUAACGUCGCCUGCGUCAAGGUCCUGCUAGAAAAGGGAGCUGACAAAGACCUAAGAGCACCGGAUGGCGCCAGUGCCUUUGAAGCCGCAGCUGAGAGCGAUGCCAUAAAGGCUCUGCUCAAGUGAGAGACAGCGGUGUGGGAGGUGGCCGGACAGGUGGGUGAACGGACGGACAGAUGGAUGCAGUGGUCCCCUGACAGGAGAUGGACUUGCCCCCCCCUUUUUAACUCAAUCAACCUCUGUCUUAACACUGCUUUUGUCUGUUUGUUGGAGGUCAUGUUGUCUGUCUGGUGAUUUUCCUUUGCCCUGUUUGUAUUUUCUUUUCUUUCCCAAGUUUUGGGAUAGGAUUCCCCCCUCCCCCCCUUCCUCUUGGCCUCUCGUCUGUAGCCAUUCAACAGACUUGUCAGUUAUAUCUCCCUUAGGGACCAAACACCGAGGGAGUGUUCUCGCACCUGGAUCCUAGACCACAGCUCAGACUAGAAAAAUCACUCUGUAAUGAAAUGCAAAGCUCGCACUUAUUUACACAUUUGACGUUUGCCGUCUCCUCUUUAAACUGUAAAGAAACAAUGACAGUAGAUAGUAGUGUGUUGACAUUUUUUUUACAAAUCCAUUAUUAUAAGUAUUGUUCUGCCAGGGCUCAAUCACAUGAACAGUAAUUGCACUGUACUAUGCUAGAUAGUUGAGGAGAAAGGUUGUGAAGUUUCAUUAUAUACACCUUUCAUUACGUGUGGCCUCUUCCUCGUACCUUGAUUUUUUUUUUUCUUCUAACAGACCAAACUGUCUUUCCAAUCCAAUCAUGAAAUUUUGGUGGAAGUGUGUUGAGAGGGGUCCAGAGGUUAGGAUUUAAUUUUCUACUUGGCAUAUCACCUACAUAUCAAGUGUUUUUUGAAAAUGUUACCUUGGUAAAGCAUUACAAAUACUCUGUAGACCAAUCACCAUGCUGGCUAACUAGGAAGACUUGAAUGUUGCAAUUUUAAAAAAUCUGUUACUGAAUCCAUUUUUGAAGCAAUGUUAACAUCACACGAAAGAAUAAAGAAUUUUAAAAAUG